AUAGUUAAAAAUGGCUGAUUUUCCUACUCCAAUUGAUGUAAAUCAAAUAGCAAAGACUUCUCAACAGGAUCAAAAUACAUCUUAUAAUUAAGCAUGUGUAGUACCAUAAGCUUAAUAAGGCAAUGCAUAUCUCGUAUUUUCUCCUCAAAUAUAAUUACAAAAUCAAAUCCAAUAUGCAAAAAAUCAAGUUCAGCCAAUUAUAUAUCCAUAAUUCUAACAAACUCAAUUAUAUCUUAAUCAACCUUUAUUAUAAGCUUAGUAAUAACAAUUCCUACAACCCUAAAUUGUCAAAAAAUAGGAUACUCUGAAACAUGAAGAACUGAGCAGAGCUGGUUAUCUGGAAAGAAGAGAUUUUAAUUUAUCAGUCUUAAAAUAUUACCUCAUUUUUUAGGCUUUCUCCCUAGUUUUGUGUAUUUGCUCCUAUAGAAAUGACUUUUUGAAGUUUUCUUAUGAUUUGAAUGGACAUUUCAAAUUACCCUUUUACAUAUUUGUCACAAUUAUGAGCUUGGCUUUAUUAUAUUCAUACACAAGUCAUAAAAAAUUGAGAGACAAACAAAUAAAAGUCAUCUUAAUUGUUGUUUAUGGAUUAUGUUAUGGAUUUUUUAUUCAAGCUAUUUACUCUUCUACUUAUUGUAAUUACAAUCCUUAAAAUAACUAUUAUGGAAGUAUCCUAAAUAAUUAAGGAAAUUGUGAGAUUGUUAUAAUUUUACUUAGUUUCAUCAAUCUUGAAACAUAUUCAUUAUUUUCUUAUUGUAUGUAGGAAGUAGAAGAAUUGAGCAUUAAAAGUUAAAUUUAUUUUUAUAAUUCUAGAUUCAUUUUGGUAUAUAAUAUUACCUAACUUGACUUUUGGAGGUAUUUUGUUUUCCCUUUAUUACAACUAUGAAAUAUUAUGUUUCAUGAUAGCUUUCAGUUGUUGUUUUGGAUUUUAUCUUCAAUUCACUCUAAAGAGGAUGAUAAAAUCAAAGAAAGUAUUUUAUUUAAAUAUAAAUUCAGUUCAAAUUACGAUCAGAUGAAGGUGCAUUUGCAUCUGUUUUAUUUAGUUUCUUAAUAUUGGUUCCAUUCUUUGAUUUGGAAAUCAAAAGCAAACAGAUACAAGCCGACAUAACCCAAAGCGAAAAUUCUGAAUAGAAAAAUGUACAAUGAGG